UGCUGGAAAAAUAUAUUAAUGUAAAUACAUAGAACAUAUUUUUCUUUUUAUUGUGACUUCUUAUUGUUCUGGAGCUUCAAGGGCUGCAAUUCUGGAUAUUGGGAAUAGCUAGACAAUUGGCACUGGAAUCUUAUCAAACUUUAUCAAACUCCAAACUGCUUAGGAGCCACUGUCAAGACACCAGGACAUUCAAUUAUAGUUGUAUUUGGUUUUAUGCAUUAGCUUCUUAUGCUAAGCCAUCCCAAAACUGCACAGUAGUCUUUCACUCUUUGCAUGCCAGCUGUCUUCAUGGAGAUGGAUAUAUAUAUAAUGUGUAAUGUACUGUGGAACUUUUCAGGAAAAGUUAGAACCAGUAGGUGGCUGAAAAGUUAUAAAGUGCCCCUUUAAUUUGGGCUAUAUUAGGCCUAUAUAUAGUUUAUAGUCUGUAUUUUUCACUCUUUAUUGUUAGUGGUGUGAAGCCACAUACUUGCAAGUGUCUUCCAGAUCUAUAGACUAUAGUGUAAGCGUUACACAUUUUUCUCAGUGCAACAUGUUGCCCUCAAUAUUCCAACAAACAGACACAAAGCCUGCUUCUUGGUCAAAUGUAAAUGAAAGGGCUCUCAAAGAUCAUACUUGUUGCCAUGGAACAAUCUGAUAAUGCAAGGCUUUGAAGAUGUUGCAGCAAGCAACCAAAACAUACGAAGUGGGCCAGCUAGAUGGUAAUGAUGGUUAAAAAAAAACAACAACAACAAAACAACAACAACAAAAAAAGCCAUUGUUUCACAUUGUGUCAUUUUAUUUUCACAUUGGAAGUCUCAAUUAGACAAUUAGAAAUAGGCAUACAUUGCAUUUGCAAACAAAAGUUGUAGGUGCAGGAGCAGGUGCACACGUAGCCUGUAGAUACUUCAGGAUUAUCAUAUCAUAAAACGCAGUAAAGCAGCGCCACGCCACCUCCAUAACUUCUUAUAAAUGAAAGUGAAGAACACACUUUUUUCUAUGUAGAUAGAUAAGUUUAGUGCCACAUUGUGGGACAUUUUUUAUUAUUAUUAUUAUUUUUUGUUGUUGUUGUAUUUAUUUGUUUGUUUGUUUUUUGUUGUUGUUUGUUUUUGGGUUUGUUCGUUUUUUUUUGUUUUUGUUUUUUUUGCUGGAAUGUUACAUAGUGUGGCUUUAAAUAGAGCUUAGUGAUUUUGCUUUUGUAUUGGUUGCCAUGGUGACUUUGUUAAAGACUCAGUGACAGUCAUCUGACUAUUGUGUUUGACAUUGCCCUCUCUGGCCUCUCUCCACUCAUGGGUUUGCUUUCGCUGCAGUCAAACCAGUUUCUGCUGCGCACAGAGCAUCCCCGAUGGAGACAUCCGCCCGGAGCUCGAGGACACAGAAGCGGAGGAGAUGGGGCGGUCUGCGGGAGCAGUGGCAGCUCCUGGGCCUGUUUCAGAUAGACGAGCAGCAUGAGUUUUACCACCUGACGUGUAUGAUGAAAGAGGGACUAGCCGCAGCCAUACAAAGCAUUAGUGACCACGUGCCAACUGCUGAACUGUCAGAGAAAGACUUCAAAUCAGAAGUUACUCACAUUCACAAGGACUUUACCAUGGAGACAUUUGCAGGGCCUGUGUUUGCCAGUCUGCGUGGCUCCUUGGGCAUAACUGAGCAGGAGUACCAACAGUCCCUUUGCUCUGAACACUGCUACCUCCAGUUCAUCAGUAACUCCAAAAGCAGGGCUGAUUUUUUUCUGACAAAUGAUAAAAGGUUAUUUUUGAAGACUCAGAACAGAAGGGAAAUUACAUUUCUUCUUUCCAACCUGAAGAUUUACAUGGAGCAUCUAAAGAAGUUUCCACAUUCACUCCUUGUCAAGUUCUUAGGAGUGCACAGAAUCUUACUACCUCAGCAGCAAAAGAAGUUCUUCAUUGUAAUGCAAAGUGUGUUUUAUCCAGAUGAUAGGAUCAAUGCCAGGUACGAUAUCAAAGGCUGUGAGGUCAGUCGUUGGACAAACCCUGCUCCAGAGGAAAGCCACAUUAUUGUUGUGCUCAAAGACCUUAACUUUGAAGGGCAAUUUAUAACACUGGACCAGCAGAGAUCCUGGCUGCUGCGCCAGGUGCAGAUAGACACACAGUUUCUGAGGAGGUUAAACGUUUUGGACUACAGUUUGCUCCUCGCACAUCAGCCCCUGCACUGGGACGAGCGCUACCAGGGACACUCCUUUGCCAACAUUAUCAUAAGAACCAAGCGAUCCGUCAUUCCGAGUUACAGCCCAAAGCAUCUCAUUGUCUCAGUCCCAGGUGAGGUUUUAGAGGACAACUCAAGUAUGAUUAUGUCUGAAAAUGUAAAAACACUGACAGAAGCUGAAUAUGGAGCUGAAGUGGUUCAUGCCUUACCAGAGAGCACCAUGCUCUGCGGUGACACCACUGAUCUGCUGGACUAUCAGGCUCAAAACCGCCGCUUACUGCCCAACUUAAAGAACCCUCUUCAUGUGAUUGAUGGACCGGAGCAGCGAUACUUCAUUGGCAUAAUUGACAUUUUCACUGUGUACAGCUUCAGAAAGCGUCUGGAGCACUGGUGGAAAAGGCUGCGUCACCCUGGAAAGAGUUUUUCUACAGUGAGUCCAAACACUUACUGCCUCAGGCUACAGAGGUGGGUCCAAGACCACACCAACUAA